AGUACAUAUUGGCUGCCAGUCACCCGUUGAACCAACUGUUAAUAUAAACACCUCUCUCGUGAACAGAAUAUACAACAGCUAUUUUCUCUUUACUCUCCAGAUACCAAAGAAAACAAAUGAAACUUGAAAAGCCAAUGACUUGGAAACCAUGUAUUUUCUUACUGUUUCUACUAUGUAUCUUCAUAAUGUCCUUCUUAUAUGGAGUCAUUGAAAUAUUUAAUAAACAGCAAAUCCUGAAGAUGGAUCAAUUAAAAUCAAGUUCCAAAUCAACAAUGACCACUAUUAGAAAGGAUCAAGGGAUAUGGACUGUAAACUCACUUGGCCGUCUUGGCAAUCAAAUGGGUGAGUAUGCAACUCUGUAUGCCUUGGCUAAGCAAAACAAUCACCAAGCAUACAUACUUCCAGAGAUGCAUGAGUACUUAGCACCAAUCUUCAAGAUCACUUUACCUGUGCUUCAUAGUAAAAUUAACACAAACAUACAAUGGAAACAUUACUGGCUCCAUGACUGGAUGUCCAAUGAGUAUUACAACAUUCCUGGGGAUUAUGUGAAGCUAACAGGCACUCCUUGCUCUUGGACCUUCUACCAUCAUAUUAAAGAAGACAUCCUUAGGGAAUUCACCUUCCAUGAUUUCCUCAAAGACGAGGCCAACCAGUACCUGGAAGGUAUUAAAGGGAGUCGGGAAAAUGUCACCUUCAUUGCAGUCCAUGUGCGAAGGGGGGACUAUGUGCGUGUUAUGAGAGACUCAUGGAAGGGAGUGAUAGCAGAUAAGGCCUACAUUGAUAAAGCCAUGUCUUAUUUCAGGAACAAGUAUCAAGAACCUGUGUUUGUGGUAACCAGCAAUGGCAUGGAGUGGUGCAAAGAGAACAUUGAUGCUUCUAAAGGAGAUGUGUAUUUCUCUGGUGAUGGAAAUGAAUCAAACCCAGCAAAGGACUUUGUUAUUCUUGCUCACUGCAAUCACACCAUCAUGACUAUUGGGACAUUUGGUUACUGGGCUGGGUACCUUGUUGGUGGGGAGACGGUUUAUCUCUCCAACUUCACACUCCCUGAAUCACCAUUCCUGAAAUUAUUCAAGUAUGAAGCUGCCUUCCUUCCUGAAUGGCAUGGGAUCCCAGCUGACCUUUCACCCCUUCUGAAUUCAAUCAAACCAUAGAUCGAUGAAUUGCUCUACUUCACUUGUAACAAUGAACAACUUGGCCAAAAAUUAGGUGGACUCGCUGACAGCACGCGCUUCAGAGGACACGCAUGCUUGCCUUCAUCUCUCCCAAGUCAAUACGGGAGCUGCAGCACUGAGACAAGGUCUUAAAACAAUUGGAUAUUCCAAAUUGGGAGAAAAUAGGUAAAAAUAAUUGCCAAUUCCAAAUUUAAAAAUAAAAAAAGUUAAAACCAAAAAAGCUUGGAGAACAAAACAAGAGAGAAUGGUAUUCCAUGCCAAACAAGGAGGCGAGUGAAAUGGGGACAGUUUUGGCUGAAUUCAGAAAACUCUGUAAAGAUGUGAACACCAGCCUUCAAAUAGUAGAAGAGGCUGAAAGCAGAAUUAAUGAAAUGGAAGACAGCUGCAUCAGUCGUGAGAGAUUGUUAAGAAAGAAAGGCAUCAUUGAUUAUUGCAAUUCAGUCUGAUCCGCAGGAUAUAUUACAAUCCAGAACAAUAUUUCAAACAGUUUCUCAGAUAACAAACAUCAUUGUACCACCUGAGCCACGCCUGAUAUGUCUUGGCGAUAUGUCUUUAGUGACAAAUAUGGGCAUUGGGGAUGUUUGAUUUAUUAAGAUGGCACUAAUAACAGCUGAUAAAUGUAUUGCCCUUUGUUGGAAAAAUGAUAACUCCCCAAAUAUAUCUAUGUGGUUUGGGAAUAUUUAGUCAUCUGUCCUUUGUGAAAAAAAAUACUGUAGGAUUUGCAAAAGGAACUGGCUCUUUGAAGAGAUAUGGGGUGGAUUUAUUAACUUCCUUAACUCCUCAACUUAUUUUGCCACCACAAAGUAUAGCUCCCUCCUGACCAGAGUUUAUCCGCAGUCCAGUUAUUUUUGUUAUAUAUGUUAUAUUAUAUAACAUAUAAUAUAACAUAUAUUAUAGAACAUAUAAUAACACAGCUGCUUAAAAUGUGUUUCUUUUAAGCAGCUCUUAAAAUAAACAAAUCCCUUGGGCCGGAUGAGAUCCUCCCAAUAGUACUCAAAGAAAUGAAAGAAAUGACACAGGAGUUGUACCGACAGACUGGAAAAUAGCAAACGUAAUACUGAUCCACAAAAAGGGAAGACAAAACCGAACCAGGUAACUACAUACCAAUAAGCCUGACCUCUAUUAUAUGUGAACUUAUGGAAACUAUAAUAAGAUCCAAAAUGGAAAAUUACUUAUAUGGUAACAAUAUCCUGGGAGACAGUCAACGUGGUUUUAGGAAAGGGAGAUCGUGUCUAACUAACCUGCUUGAUUAUUUUGUGGAUGCAACAUCGACAAUGGAUAAUUGCAAAGCAUAAGACAUGGUUUAUUUAGAUUUCCAGAAAGCUUUUGACAAAGUACUGCAUAAAAGAUUAAUUCUCAAACUGAACGCAGUAGGGAUUCAAGGAAAUGCAUGCACAUGGAGUAGGGAGUGGUUAACAUGUAGAAAACAGAAAGUAUUGAUUAGAGGAGAAACCUCAAAAUGGAGCGAGGUAACCAGUGGUGUACCACAGGGAUCAGUACUAGGUCCUCUGCUAUUCCUAAUCUACAUUAAUGAUUUAGAUUCUGGUAUAGUAAGCAAACUUGUUAAAUUUGCAGACGACACAAAAAUAGGAGGAGUGGCAAAUACUGUUGCAGCAGCCAAGGUCAAAUUUUCCAUUUUGGAUCUUAUAGUUUCCAUGAGUUUACAUAUGAUAGAAGUCUGGCUUAUUGGUCUGUAGUUACCUGGUUCGGUUUGUAAACCUUCUUAUGUAUGUUCUUAUAUGUUAUUACUUUUAACAGGUUGUUUGGGUUUUUUAUUUUUGGUUUGUUUUUGUUUAAGUACUGCAUUAUAUUUCAGGAAGGUAUGGUGGGAAUCCAUGUAGAGGAACUACUGUUUAACUUUUCUAUUGUUUUUAUAAUUUUAUUUUCUGUCAUUCUACUGUGUUUCGGAUAGUUUGUUUGUUGUUAUAUAGAUAGAUUUUUAUUACAGAGUUUCCAAAUGUGAGGAAGAAUGACACAAAACUGACUUUAAAAAAAAGAAAAUUGUGAAUAAACUUGAAAGAUGAAAUACCAGAGCUUUUAACAGUUUGGGUAUAUUAGAUGCUAUUUGAUCUGUUUCCAUACUUUUGUUAAGUGCUUUGUGAUCAUUUGUCUUUAUUAAUAAAGAUUAUUAUUAUUAUUAUAAUAACA